CAGAUCAACAAAUCAAUGCCUCAGACAGAGAAGCAAGUGUGCAUUCCCCCGGAGCUGCCGGAAUUGCUGAAGCAGUUCACCAAAGCUGCCAUUCGGACCCAGCCCCAGGACCUCAUCCAGUGGGCUGCAGAAUAUUUUGGGGCCAUGGCCCGUGGAGAGAGCCCUCCAGUGAGAGAGCGGGCUGAGCGAGCCCCUUUUUCGAACUGGGCAGAGCUUACACCUGAGCUGCUAAAGAUCCUGCACUCUCGGGUUGGUGGCCGAUUGAUCGUCCAUGCAGAUGAGCUGGCCCAGAUGUGGAAGGUGCUGAGUCUCCCAACAGAUCUGUUUAAUAGCGUGAUGAAUGUGGGCCGAUUCACGGAGGAAAUAGAGUGGCUCAAGUUUUUAGCCCUUGCUUGCAGCUCUCUCGGAGUUACCAUUGCAAAAACUCUCAAGAUAGUGUGUGAAGUUUUAUCAUCUGACCGUGAUUGUGGACCUCCACGGAUUCCUUUUAGCACUUUUCAGUUUCUCUACACAUACAUUGCAGAAGUGGAUGGGGAGAUCUCUGCCUCACAUGUCAGCCGAAUGCUGAAUUACAUUGAACAAGAAGUAAUUGGUCCAGAUGGUUUAAUCAAGGUGAGUGACUUUACCCAAAACCCCCGGGUUCGGCUGGAGUAAAAGCACCCUUUUGGCACUUUCAAAGAAGACAGAGAUGAUUGAGCUUCACAAUGAUUGAAUCUCUUCUGCCAUCUGAUGUCAAAUUUCUUGUUAAACUGGUACACACUAAUAAACAAUUAGGCAAACAUGUGAAAUCAGAAAUGUGUGUAAGUGAGAUAUAAAAUUGUAUAAACAAAACAGAAGAUUAGCAUUCUCCUAACACAGAUACAACACACAAAGCCUGGAUAGGAAAUGAUUUUGAAUCAAAGCCAGACAGUGAAGGUACCACCUAAAUUCUGACCAUACUCUCCUAUUUCCUAGGGUACAGCAGUAUCCAUGCACAAUUUUGAAGUCAAUCCACAGGAAGCACUAAUAAAGCAUUACAGAGAUAGCAUUAUAGAGAUAGCAUUGCAUUGUCCAUAGAUUUUUCUGACACUAUUUACAGAGUCACACGACCCUCUUGGAAACUUUUGUCUGAGAAAGCAGAUGAGUUUAGCAGACUGUGUGGUUAUUAUUCUGAAGGGCAAGUGUGACCGGCAUGUAAGCAUGUUAAGUUGUUAAAAGUUAUUUCUGGGGGGAUAUCAUGUUAUCUUAGCUUUUGAUAUACAUUUGUAUCUAUAUGAAUGGGGGAGAAAUUUCUCUAUUAGUGUCCAA